AUGCUACUGCCCGCUGCCGUGGUGACAGAACCGGCUUCUUCUCUUCAGUGUACAGACUCACCUCCGUGGGAGUUGUAUGUUCUAGGAGAUGUUUUCGGCACGAGAAAGCAGAUUGGCGUGAAGCCCCUCAAGUCGCUGAAGCGGCGCAGCGCGCGCUCCUGUGGGGUAGUAGUCCCCAUACGUAACCUCGCGGCAAAGACUCGUCUUUCACAAGUGUGGCGCAACGACAUACCAGAUGCCGACGUGGAUGAGACGCCGCCGUACGACGCACGGUACUGA